GAGGUUUUAAAACGACGGUUGGAGAGAGAAGCCAAGUGGACUGUUUCUGAGGGAAACCCUGGCCUUCGUGUCCUGUCGCAGAGAUGGUAUUACCCGACAAGGGGCUACAACAAUACUGUUCCCAGAAAAUUGCCCAGACUAAAUUGAGGCCUCCAUCAGUCAAUUGGAAUGUAUUAGCAGGAAGAACUCAGUGCAUAGCACCUGUUGGGGCCUGGGUGGAGAGUGCCCAACAUGAUGGAGAAGAGAGCCCAGUUUUUGCUACAGCUAUUCAGGUUGAAAAAGAAUACAAAGAACAAAAAAAAGAAAAAGAGAAAACAUUGAAACAUUUUCAGCAGGAAGUAAAACGCAGGGUGAACCAACGUGUUAAUCUAAAGAGGAAACAACAGUUGAAGACAUCUUACGAAGCUGCCCUGAAAGAAAGCUCUGUUAUUAUAGGAUUUUCAGAUUCUGCGUUGCGGUUGACCCCCAAGAAAAAUACAUGUCUCUACAGAUACACCAGAGAUUCUGCCGUUGGCAAUACUAAUGACAAAGUCACCUAUGUACAGCAAGCAGAUUACAUGCCGGAGCAGUUCUCAAAUCUAGCCAAAACUGUAAGGAAAACGGUGCAACAGGUCCGUCACAAACUGGCUUCUCGAAAAGCUGUUCCAGAAGGAAAUGAACCUCCAGGAGGUGCUCAUCAGACUCCUCCAAGAAGACAGAAUGCAGAACCUUACAGCACAACUACUCUAAGUCCAGAAGAGGGUGAUAUGGGAGAACUUCCUCUGAAGGGACACCAUGAUCUUCCAGCAGAACUUCAAGAACAAGAGGAAGGGAAAUGGGACAACACAGAAUUUCAAAAAGUAAAUAGUGAUACCAUGAAAGAUAAUAAUCCAGCUGAUACUGAGGCUCAGGUUGUUCAUAUAUUCUGGCCUGGAAUAGAGAAGGAACAAUCAAAGAAGCAGGUUAUAUGGUAUCGCUAUAAAUAUGAACCAGUUGACAAAAUGAUUGGAAAUUUUGUCUGCCACAGAAUUAGGAAAGAAAAGGAGUAUCAGCGCCGUGCAGAAGAACAGCGGAUGCAGGAGGAACAACGAGCAAAGGAGAAAAGGACACAAGAGAUGGCUUCACACAAAAAUGCUAACCCCAGGGGGAAAACCUGUGAAAAACUGCAACAACUGAAACUGGAAGACCCAGAAGAAAAGAAAAAACUAGUACAAAAAAAUAAAGAAUAUUCUAGAUAUGUGGAAGCAUUACGAGCCCAGAUGCGAGAGAAGAUCGACAUGUAUAAUAUACAUUUGCCUCCGUUGUGCUUUUGUGGGUCAGGUUUCUGGGAUACUCAUCCCGAUAGCUGUGCCAACAACUGUAUGUUCUACAAAAACCACAAAGCGUAUGCUCAAGCUCUGCAAAAUGUCAUCUCCUCUUGCGAUAUUUUGGACAGGGGCUCAAACACAAGACUUUCCAUCCAUACAUUUGCUGUUGUACAUGCUCGUUCUAAAAAUUCCUGACAGAAUUGGUGAAAUUGGUGCCUCCUUCCCAACCUUGUCUGUGAAAGUAGGCGACUACGAACACAUCAAUUCUGAAUUUUCUCCCAGGUUGGAUUAAAAUAAAUAGAUUCAGAAGAGAAGCCUUCUCACAUUUCUUUACUUUUCUGAAAGUAAUACUCUGUGCUUUGUUUUCUACAGGAUAGUAAUUUGUCAAAAACUUUAAAUUCUUCGUUAUUUGUUCAUGGGUGGAAAAUGUUCUUAGAUCAAUUUUAUUGCCAGGCAGAUCUGUAUCUGUCAACCUGUGAGACUUCUGCCCAAAAUUUAGGUGGAUUUUAUGCUUUGGGGGUGUGAUACGAUAUUAAGAUACAUUAUGUUUCACACUGGAUUUCAAACCAAGAUACCUGCCUCUUCCAAGAUUUUGAAGUGUAAAUUGUAAAAUGUAAACCUUGGUCUUUGGGAAAGCCUUUGAAAGGGAUUACUCCAAAUGAACAGAAUCGUUACUAAUCAUGACAGUGCUUAGUCAGCAUCAAGACAAGAUGAAGGAAUGUUCACAUUGAAGAAAUUGAGAAAAUAACCCAGUUUCUAAAAUAAAAUGAAUUAGUCUUGUACAGUACUUGGUUUUAAUUUGAUGUUGGCUGUAGGCUGGGAGUCUCUUGUUUGUGAUUUGCACAUUUGACAGGACAACUCAAAGAAUAGUAAAAUAAUACAUAUUUCUAUGCCUUUUUAUUAUUAUUUGGAUAUAUAUAUUUGAAUGCCUCUGAACUAUAUUUAAAAAGUGAAACUUUAAAACUGAGUGUUUGGCACAUGUUAACUGAAGAGAUUUUUAUGUCAGCUUGUCCAAUUUUCAAGCUUUGCAGAUCUGUUAGGUAACAUGCAGACAGAGUUUUCUGCUCCCAACAUAUUCCAAUAAAAAUGUU